CAUGGUUUCCUUCAAAGCAUUCCUUUUCAUACCGACAGUUUUCGCGUUCGCUGCGUUCGUAAAUGCACAAUCUUCCGAUGCCAAUAUACACUUGAUUCAAUAUAACGUUGUCAAAUUAUUGAACGAAACAGAUAGAAUGGCUGUUAUGGUUGAUAAUAAUACAUAUCCAUUAUCCCGCAGCACUGAAACGCCUAUUAUUCAUACCGGUCAAGCUCCUGUGGCUAAAUCCGGUUAUCAUUACGUCAAGUUAGAUCAGUACAACAACACACAAGCGGAGUCCUUCUCCCGUAGUCCUGUGACCAUUGACACAGUUUAUGAAUACUUCAAUCGCACAUGGAAUAAUCGGACACUUGCUCAAAUUCCUCAACUUUACGCCCCUUUGGGGGCUAUUCACAAAGUGGAGUCUGAUCUGCACAAGGACGGUCAAAUUGCCACCAUUUAUAUCACCGCUAAUCAAACCGAGCUCGAUAAUAUGCACCACAACAGCAAUGCUGAUCUAACAGUGAAUAGCAGUAUUACAUAUGUUUCUUUGAAUGACGUUGAAAAAUUCUCGAACGUUGAGCUUUCUUUAUCUGGUCGUAGUUCCCGUUGGAUGCGCAAGCUUUCUUAUAAUUUAAAAUUGGAUAAGAAAGAUAGAUUAUACCACUUUAGACGCCUCAAACUUAGAGCCUUAGACAGUGAUCCCUCUUACAUUCGUGAACAACUUGCCUACGACAUUAUCAAAAAAACUGGUCUUGUAUCAUCAGAUUUUAGCUUUAUUCGUGUCUUAAUGAAUAAUCAAGAGCUUGGUUUAUUCGGUAUCAUUGAAGCUUUCCAAAACCCAUGGUUGGCCACUGCAUUCGCUAAUGGUGAUGAAAACUACAAGAACGGUAAUCUGUAUCAAGGUGUCUUUUCUUCUGCUAAUGCUUCUACAGUCAAAUUGGUCUCCGAUCUCAGUUAUUACGAGAAUGUGGAUCAUUAUGGACUUGGUCAAUACAAGAUUAAGGCUAAGCAUGCCAAAAAGAAGCAACGUAAUUACAAGGCUUUACAAGAUUUCUGCAAGUUCGUAGCGGAAACAGGUGUACCUACUCCACCUUCUGAUGCCAACGUUACCAACGCUAACACUACUGCUUCCGCUCCUAUACAGAAUAUUACACAAAAUAUUCAAAUGUUGGUUAGUAAUGCACCUGUUGUUGAAGAAACGGAUGAAGUUAAGGAAUGGAAGAAACAUUUAGACACUGAUUCCUUCUUAAGAUCUAUGGCUCUGGAAGUUAUUCUUGGUUAUUCCGACGGUUAUUUGGCCUUGGCUGAUAAUUUUUAUGUUUAUCAGAACCCAAAGACUAAUACCAUGUUCUACAUUCCUUCUGAUUUGGAUAUGACAUUUGGUUCAGGUUUGUUCAAGUUAGAUGAUGUGUGGAGUGGUAAUUACAGCACAUAUCCUGGCAUCAAUAUUCGUCCUGUGAUGACCAAAAUUUUAGCCGUUCCACAAUUUAAACAACAAUUCGAAGCUUACUUGAAGGAUUUGGCUGAAAAACUUGUUAACCCUGCUGCUUUGAAUGACCGUAUUAAUGAUCUCGCUUCUAUGAUUCAGGAAGAUGUUGAAUGGGACAAGACUUGUCCCCGUGUUGGCUCUAUGGAUCUGUCUCAAAUCGUACAAGCAGCGGGAGACUCUAGUAUGACCAACAAUCCUGGUUUAUCUGCCAUUGUUGACCAAGUUGGAACAAAUAUUCCUAAUCUCGAUGAAGCCACCUCAAACGAUUUUGGAGCCAGAUAUAAUCAAACCAUUGAUUUCAUGACAGCCGUCAAUGGUCCCACUGGUCAUAUCUCUCUCGCUGGUGUCAAGGAAUUUGUUCAAAAGUCAAGUGAAAAUACUCUGAAUUUCUAUAACAAUAAGAAUAGCAAUAACAGCAGCACUGCUCCUGCUCGCGCUUAGAAACGUACUUUCACGGCCCACUUCAUUCAUAAUUUUUUGUAAUAUAUCAUUCAUAUACAUGUAUCUUGACUUCAUGUUUCUGCCUUUUUAUCCAUUUACAUCAAUAACCUUAUUAAACUAAUAAAAGUACACAAUACAU